GCAAAGUGGUCACUGAAGAAAAUAUGCGAAUCAAGAAAGAAAUUAGAGUAUGUGUUGAAAGAAGAGUACAAAUGAUCGUUAAGAAGCAAAAACAAAUGCUAACAAGCCUGCUAGAAAAAUCAACCUUCAAAGUAACAAUUGACAAAGUUUAUACCGAAGAGGCAGAGAGUGCUUAG